CAAAGUUAAAUUGAAAAAAAAAAAAAAUUCCAUUUCAUCAAGAGCUUCAGGUGUUGUUUUGUUUUUGUUGCCGCACAUCAAACUUUUCAAAACUUUGUCACCACUGAAAUUUUUUUUCGUUCUAUUCGAGUUUGUUUUGUUUUUUGUUUUGAUUUUUCAGUGUGUACAACAUGACAUCGAUUCGUUUAUCGGUGAUUCGUUUGCCACUGUUUUUAUUAUUAUUAUCGACAUUAAUUGGCAAAUUCGCAAAUGGCGAAGAAGAGAUACCAAUUUCAUCGACGACUGCGGCAACUGAUGAGCCAACGACAACAUUUGAAAGUAGAAUUAUAAACACAGAUGAAUUGAUUGCGGAUGAAGAUAAAGGCCGUGAAUUUAUGCUCGAAUUUGAUCGACGUAUGGAAGAAUUAAAUUAUGAAAUUGUUGAAGCAAAUUUUAAUUUCAGCACAAAUAUUACGGCUACAAAUCAGGCUCGUUUGCUUGAAGUGACAAAAAAAUUGAAUCGUGAACAAAAAGAAAUCUGGAAACAAGCGAUCCGUUAUGAUUAUAAAACAUUCCAGGAUCCAUUAUUACGGCGACAAUUUGAAAAGAUUUCCGUGCUUGGUAUUCCAGCAUUGGAUGAAGAAGAUUCUGUUUUGUUUACAAAUAUAACAACCGAAUUGACAAAAACCUAUGAUCAAGCAUCGAUUUGUUUAGCGGAUAAAUGUGGAUUAGAUCUGGAUCCAGAUCUAGUGAAAAUAAUGGCUCGAUCACGUGAUUAUGAAAAAUUAAAAGAAGUAUGGAUAAAAUGGCGUGAACAAGCUGGACGGCCAAAUCGUGAACGUUAUCUAGAAUAUAUUCGUCUAGGCAAUAAAGCUGCUAUUGUGAAUGGUUUUAAAACAUUGGAUGAUCUUUGGCUAUUUCCAUGGGAAACACCAAAUUUUAAACAACAAGUUGCCAAUAUUUGGAAUGAAUUACAGCCAUUUUAUCAGAAAAUACAUGCAUAUGUUCGGAUGCGAUUACGGGAAUUUUAUGGCCAAGAACGUAUGCCAAAAGAUGGUACCAUUCCGGCACAUAUCCUUGGUAAUAUGUGGUCACAAUCAUGGGGUAAUAUUUAUGAUAUCGUAGCACCAUAUCCAAAUCGUAAAUCAUUGGAUGUUACGGAUACAAUGGUAGAACAAAAUUAUACAGCUAUGGAUAUGUUUCGUUUAGCCGAAAAAUUUUUCAUUGAUCUAUCAUUGAUACCGAUGCCCGACAGAUUUUGGCAAUUGUCAAUGUUUACAAAACCAAUGGAUCGUAAAGUGGCAUGUCAUGCAACAGCAUGGGAUUUUUAUAACCGGAAAGAUUUUCGUGUAAAAAUGUGCACAUCAGUGAAUAUGAAAGAUUUGAUAACCGUCCACCAUGAAAUGGGUCAUAUUCAAUAUUAUCUUCAAUACAAAGAUCAACCGGUUGCAUUUCGUGAAGGUGCUAAUCCUGGUUUUCAUGAAGCUGUUGGUGAUCUAUUAGCAUUGUCGGUAUCGACACCAAAUCAUUUGAAAAAAAUUAAUCUUCUUGCCGAAAAUGAUUCUAUGGCUAAUGAUCCUGAAAUGAUACUAAAUUAUCAAUUAAAAAUGGCUCUAGAUAAAUUGGCAUUUUUACCUUUUGGUUAUUUAAUGGAUGCUUAUCGUUGGGACUUGUUUAGUGGAAAAAUUCCGGCCGAAAAAAUGAACAAACAAUGGUGGUGGUAUCGUAUCAAUUAUCAAGGCAUAUCACCACCAAUCAGUCGUAAUGAAACUGAUUUUGAUGCCGGCGCUAAAUUUCAUGUACCAGCUGGUGUGGAAUAUAUUCGUUAUUUUGUUUCGUUCAUCAUACAAUUUCAAUUUCACAAAGCUUUGUGUGACAUUGCUCAACCUGAUGUACCAUUAUAUCAAUGUGAUAUUGAUGGCAAUCACAAAGCUGGUGAACAUUUAGCACGAAUGUUACGGCUAGGAUCAUCGGUACGAUGGCCUGAAGCAAUGAAAUUGAUGACUGGCAGCGAAACAAUGACUGCCGGUCCAUUGAUUGAAUAUUUUCAACCAUUAUUCAAAUGGUUAGAUCAACAAAUUGCCAAUGAAACAUUGGGUUGGCUGGUUGAUGUUUCGAAUUAUGUUUCUUUUUUUUUUUUUUGAAAAUUUUGAAAUUUGAAUUUUUUCUGAUUUAUUUUAAUAAACA